AUGUCUUCUGCACCUGCUGGAACCAUGACAAUGGACAACUACACAUUCCCUACCGAGCGCCUGCAAUCAGAACUGAGGGACCCUUCAAGGACACCACUAGUACUCGUGGCUUGCGGUUCCUUUAGCCCCAUCACCUUCCUGCAUCUGAGAAUGUUCGAAAUGGCCGCCGAUUACGCACGCUUCAACACAAAUUACGAGGUCGUUGGUGCCUACAUCAGUGCUGUUGGUGAUGCAUACAAGAAGAGUGGUCUUGUUAAGGCCGAACAUCGAAUUAACAUGUGCAGUCUUGCAGUUGAGCAAAGCAGCUGGAUCAGUGUGGACCCAUGGGAGGCUCUUCAUGAGGACUACCUUGAGACGGCAAAGGUGCUUGAUCACUUUGAGCACGAAAUUAACACAUCCCGUGGACCUUUCAAUACUCCGCAAGGUCCCAAGAAGGCCAGAAUUGCCCUGCUUGCUGGUGCAGAUCUGAUUCAAACAAUGUCAGCACCCGGUGUUUGGGCUCCCAAGGAUAUCGAUUACAUUCUGAGCAACUUUGGCGCCUUUAUUAUCGAGAGAGCGGGUACUGAUAUCGAUGAAGCCUUGUCAACAUUACAACAAUGGAAAGAAAACAUCCACGUUGUACAGCAGUUGGUGCAAAACGACAUUUCUAGCACAAAGAUCCGCCUGUUCCGCAAACGCGACAUGAGCAUCCGUUACUUAGUUCCUGAGCCCGUCGUAAAAUACAUCGAGGAGCAAGGGCUGUACGACGAGGAUGGUGCCAGCAGCACACACGAGGCACAAAACUCAAAGAAACCUGGCGAGAGCGCGGGCGCUCCAUCGCAAAACAUGUAA